AUGCACUGCUUCGCAGGAGAUGUCAGCCGGUGCACGGUUCCGGAGAUGCUGCGAUGUAGCGAGCGGUGCGGUCUACCGUGCGGAGCGGUGGUCGGGUACAUGCUGAUGAUGAAGCCGCUGGCAGGGAUCCCGACGUGGUAUCCGCAUCACAUCCACAGCCUCGAGGAGCAGCUAGUAAGGAUCUCCCUCUGCUGGGACCCCUCGUUCUUCCGGUGCCUGUGGAGCAAGGGAAACACCAACGAGCGCAACUACUGCAUCAUGUUCCUGCGGGAGUUGUUCGGUCCCUCCAGCUACGAGAUGAUCGGGAUGGCGCCCGACGAGCUCUGCAAGCUCAUGUCCGUGGUGCUCGACUCGGACCGCAUGAUGAAGUUAUGCCAGCGGCAUGCAAGCGAGGUGACCAUCGAGACAUGUCAGAACCAUGCCCAAGACGAGGCGAAGGGGACGACCGUCAGCAGCAAGGACAUGUUCGUGAUCUAA